AUGGCGUCAAAAAAGAAACUUCCGCACUCACGAAGGUGCAAAUAUUCUGAAAAAGUUGCAGCCUAUUGCUAUUGUCCCACCGAUGAAGGUGAUGUCCCUUUAAAGUCUUGUGAGAAACCUUGCUGUGAAGGAACCGACUCUCCUGAUCUUAUCCAAGUGCAGAGCAGAGCUUCAUCUCAGAAUUCAGGUAUUGAUAAGUAUGUAAGUCCAGAUGAACCUCUUCCAGAUUUUGAACAUAAGGAAAGAAGAAAACGGCAAAUACCUCCGCAUGAUGGCCAUUCUGAGACAGAGGUCCUGCAUAUUGGUCCAGACUUCACCUGUUUCGAUGUACUGGUGGGCUUAUCAUCAAUCGCAUUCUUCUAUUUUGACGUUGUUACAGACAUUUUACUUGCUAGGGAUUAUUUCCAUCAGGGUAACAUGUUGGCUUUCGCUCUAACAGCAGCUUUCAUUAUUGGACCAUCACUUAUUACCUGCAUGCUGAAUUUUCGCUGGUACUUGUUGGAUUUCCAGAGUCAGCAACUCCUGGUAAAAAAUUAUGGAAAGGAAAAUGUGCAGCAGACUUCAGUGUUCCUGUGGCUCACAAGGUUUGCUUUGACACUGCUGAUGAUGGGGCCAGUUAUAAGGCAAAUUGAAUAUAUAUACAAUGGUUUGAAGAGCAGCAGCAAAUAUCUACCUCCAAAGGUAAAGAAGCGUCACUAUAUAGUAAUGAGAAUGGAGGAUGUUGAUGCGUGUUGUAUACGAAUGUUUGAAUGCUUUCUCGAGGCAGCACCACAGCUUGUUCUACAAAUAUACAUCUUGAUGCUACACAGACAACAAGAAUCUUGGAUUCUAGAAGGAAUACGGGCAGCUGCAAUUUUGUCAUCAUGGGCAAGCCUAUCAUGGUCCAUGGUUGCCUAUCAGAAAGCGCUCAGAUUUUCUCACAUGGACAAGGAAAAUAUGACCAUCCCUGGAAUGAUUUUCUCCUUUUUAUGGCGUGCCUGUGAAAUUGGACCUAGAGUUAUCUCCCUUGGUUUAUUCGCUGCCUUGUUUGACUACUUUGUGUUCAUUAUCGUAGGUCUCCAUUGGAUCGCAAUGUCAUCAUGGUUGUUCUGCCAGAAGACACAGUUUUAUCAGAAUCGGUGUGAAGAAAGAUGUUUUAACAUUGUUUGUGGAUAUGUUCUAGUCUUUUGUUUUCUAAAUGUCCGAGACGGGGCUACCAGGUAUAGAAUGUUAGUUUACUACUUUAUCGUCUAUGCCGAAAACUGGACAAUGAUGGGUUUCUGGUUUUAUUUUACUGAUGACAAAAGUCAGUGGUUUUAUAUACCAACAUUUUUUGUAGUGUCUCUAGGUGCAAUUUUACAGUUAUUUUUUCAGUUGACAUAUUACGGAUGUUUUCAUCCACUAGGAAGAGGCAGAAUACCUUGCUGUCUAAAGGGACAAGAGUACUCAUGUUAUCAGUCAUUAUGUCAUGAGUUAGAUCCAGAUGAAAUUGGCUAUAUUGAAAAUCCACAUACUACAAAUGUGUAAAAACUUUCUUUUAAAUUAUUUAAAAUGAAUGGUACAAAAUGAGAUUUACAAAGGAUGCUGUGAAUGUAGACUGUAUUAACGUUUAUGUAGCUACCUUUCCUUUUUAUCCCCUGCCAAAGGUGAUAGGAAAAAGUUUUAGC